AUGGCUUCCACCCCAAUUGAUGCUGCCAAUGGACAGCCUCAGAACAAGCAGCUCGACCAGGUCGUCAACCAGCCAGACCGACGCCCCUCGCCCCUCCCCACACAUCUGAGCUUGCCCGGCUCAGGAUACUCGACACCCCGCACAAUUCCCCAAGAAGGCUCGGGCGGCUCAGGAUAUGUCGCGCCCGUCUUCGAGGGCAAGGAGAAGCAGAUGGAGGCCGUCAUGGACGGUGUCGAGGAGAAGGGCUUCAUGCCUCCAGAGCUUGUUGAGUCGGAAACAAAGUGGUUCUACAACGAGCUGGGCAUUGACGACAUGUACUUUGCUACCGAGACAGUAGAAGCAAUCAUAAGCCAUAUCCACUCCCUCUACGCUGCAAAGGUCGCCGCUUAUGCGAGGGACGACAAGCGUCUUGAGAUCCGGCUCGAGAAGGAGGCCGCAGACCACGCCGUGUACAUUGAUACCAGCAGACCCGGUGUGUCUGUCAUAGACGGUCCCCAAUACGAACAGCGCCUAGGCAAGAGGUACCUGGCUGUCUCAAAGCCAGGCCUUGCCUACCGUGUGGAGAGUUUCCGCUCCGAGAGCCCGCUGCCAGGAAGCGAGGACCAACAAUUGCGCUGCUACUUUGUCUACCAAUGUGACUUUGUGGAGCCCAACCCCAGCGAGACCGAAACCGACAUUGAGAAGAUUGGUGACAAGCGCUUCUUGCAAAAGGCGACUGCCAACACAAAGGUCAUCUACCAACAGAUUCUGCAAGUCGCUGCAGAGCGAACUGGCCCUGUCAUUGACCACUUUGACAUUGAAGGCUCAAGAGACAAGCGGUUGGUCGUUGGUUUCAAGCGCGGCAGUGCCCUUGGUCUGUUCAGCGCCUUGAGCGACUUGUACCAUUACUACGGUCUGACGACGUCGCGAAAGUAUGUCGAGCAAUUCUCCAACGGUUACACAGUCAUGUCUCUGUACCUGCGUCCACUACCUGGUGCCGCUGGAGCCAAGCACCCACCCAUCGAGGCGUCGAUUCACCAGAUCACCAAGGAGGUUUCGCUGCUCUACUGUCUCCCACAAAACAAGUUCCAGACGCUCUUUGCCACCAGCAGAUUGAGUCUGCAGGAGACCAUUUACGCACACUGUGUAUGGGUCUUCAUCACCCACUUCCUUAACCGUCUGGGAAGCGAGUACACGGCUCUAUCAGCCAUCUUGGACACGGAGAACAGCGUACACGCCGAGUUGCUAUCUAAGCUCAAGCGCAGAUUGCGUGCUGAGACCUUCACCGCUGAUUACAUCUACGAGAUCAUCAUGACAUACCCCGAGCUUGUACACACCCUGUACCUGCCGUUCGCCAAGACUCACUACGUGCAGACGAGGGGACAGGAGGAUGAUUUCCUACCAACCCUGAGUUAUCUCCGCCUACAGGUCGACAAGGUCCAGACUGACAAGGAGCUGACUGACACCAUCAACAAGGCCGUCGUCAACGACCACCACGAGAUGGUCAUGACCUCUUUCCGUGUCUUCAACAGCUCUGUGCUCAAGACCAACUUUUACACCCCUACCAAGGUUGCCAUCAGCUUCCGCAUGAACCCCAACUUCCUCCCAUCAUCGGAAUACCCCCAGCCAUUGUACGGAAUGUUCCUCGUCAUUGGCUCCGAGUUCCGUGGUUUCCACCUUCGUUUCCGCGACAUUGCUCGUGGCGGUAUCCGUAUCGUCAAGUCUAGGAGUCAGGAAGCAUACUCCAUCAACGCGCGUUCCAUGUUUGACGAGAACUACAACCUCGCAAACACACAACAGCGCAAGAACAAGGAUAUCCCUGAGGGUGGUUCCAAGGGUGUCGUUUUGCUUGACUUUAAGCAUCAGGACAAGGCGCGGGGUGCUUUUGAAAAAUACAUUGACAGUAUCCUCGAUCUGCUCCUGCCGCCUACUAGUCCUGGUAUCAAGGACCCUAUUGUAGAUCUGCAUGGCAAGGAGGAAAUUCUCUUCAUGGGUCCUGAUGAGAACACUGCCGAUCUUGUCGACUGGGCUACCGAGCAUGCUCGCAUUCGUGGUGCGCCGUGGUGGAAGUCUUUCUUCACUGGAAAGAGCCCCAAGCUGGGUGGUAUUCCUCACGACCGCUAUGGCAUGACUACCUUGUCCGUUCGCGAGUACGUCUUGGGUAUCUACCGCAAACUCAACCUCGACCCCAGCAAAGUCCGCAAGUUGCAGACCGGUGGCCCUGAUGGUGACCUUGGAUCGAACGAGAUCUUGCUCAGCAACGAGAAGUACGUUGCCAUUAUAGAUGGUUCCGGUGUUCUAGUCGACCACAAGGGUAUCAAUCACCCGGAGCUCAUUCGCCUGGCCAAGGGACGCAAGAUGAUCAACGAGUUUGACAUUUCCAAGCUUUCUUCAGAGGGUUACCGCGUUCUGGUCGACGACACCAACGUACGCCUUCCUAAUGGAGACCUUGUCUACAACGGUACCACCUUCCGAAACACAUUCCAUCUUCGCAGCGACAUGCACUACGACACUUUUGUUCCCUGCGGUGGUCGACCUGAAUCCAUUGACCUGUCGACCGCGAGCAAGCUCAUUGUUGACGGCAAGUCAGUAAUCCCAUACAUUGUCGAAGGUGCCAACCUCUUCAUCACCCAAGACGCCAAGCUCCGUCUCGAGAAGGCCGGCUGCAUUUUGUACAAGGAUGCCUCCGCCAACAAGGGCGGUGUUACAUCUUCCUCGCUCGAGGUCCUUGCCUCCUUGUCCUUUGACGAUGAAAGCUUCAUCAAGCACAUGUGCGUUGGCGAAGACGGCCAAGCCCCAGAGUUCUACAACAACUACGUCCGCGAAGUCCAAAAGACUAUCCAGAACAACGCUCGUCUCGAAUUCGAAGCCAUCUGGCGCGAACACCAGGCCACAGGCCAGCCUCGCAGCACUCUUAGUGACACUCUCAGUACCGCCAUCACCAAGCUGGACGAGGAGCUACAAAACACUGAUCUCUGGAAGAAUGUCGAGUUCAGGAAGUCUGUUCUCAAGGAGGCUUUGCCGAACAUCUUGCUGGAGAAGAUUGGUUUGGACAAAAUUAUUGAGAGGGUACCGGAUAACUACCUCCGAGCCAUCUUUGGUAGUUACCUUGCUAGUCGCUUUGUGUACGAGCACGGUGUGUCGGCUAGCCAGUUUGCUUUCUUCGACUUUAUGAGUAAGAGGAUGCAGAAGGGUGCUGCUUCUGCUGCUGCCGCUGCUGCUCAUUAGAAGUGCCCAAUAGAAGGUCCAUGUUCACGAAUUUUUUUACGAAUGUGGGAUGAGGAAAAGGAAAGACGGAUGGGUUAUAGAGGCGUUUUUUACGGGCAAGCAAAAAAGUCGGGUUCUUUUGGGAUGUGGAGGAGGAAAGAAGAUGUUCUGAACUCCUUGGAUGGCGCUUAGGAAUGGUGAUCUACAACUGUUUGCUGGUCGCUCGCUGGCUAGGGACGCGAUCGCUUGCCAUGGCCCUGUGGGAUGGCAUGGGUGGGAUUAAGGGUUUAUUUAUGUGUACCAAUGAGAUGGAAUCACAUUGAUGAAUGAACUUAUUGGAAAUA